AUGGCCGUGGAGGACGAAAACACCAAGAAGGAAGAUGAGGAAUGCGCCGCUGUUGAGCAUUUCGACAAGUUCAACCCACUUGCGUACCUUGAAAGCUUUUAUAAAACCGCUUCUGAAGACACUGCAAUGCAAGUGGUCUUAUUCUUCCUUCCCGGAAUUUUAUACCGUUUACCGCAAAAGGUUCGAACCGUCUUGGACUUGGGUGCCGGACCUACCGUAUACUUGCCGAUUUCCUUAAGAGAUCGAGCUGAGAACAUUUACACAUCGGAUUACGCACCCGCUAAUAGAGAUAUAUUGCAAAAAUGGAUUGAAAACAAAUCGGAAUUUGACUGGACAAACGUUUGCACAUGGAUUUCAAACAUUGAAGCAAGCAUGGAGACUCCGACACAAAUGCAAGCAAAAACUAGGAACGCAAUGAGGGCAGUUUUAGAUGUAAACGUCCACAAAUCGCCCGUCGUUCAAAAUGUUCACUGGCGCGUAAAGCCGGAUGUUGAAAUUCCCGAGAAAUUUCAAGAAAUCUCUACUGUAUUUUGUUUGGAAUAUUCAUGCGAAAAACUUGAAGAAUAUUUUAGAGCUGUUAAAAAUGCAUGCUCAUUAAUAGAAGAUGAUGGAUAUUUGAUUCAAGGCGGAGUUUUAGAUGCAACUACCUAUAAUUUUGGCGGUAAGACCUUCAGAUGCCAUCGAUUGAAGCAAACCCAUAUAAUCGAGUCGUUAAAAGCAAAUGGGAUGUCGACAACAUUAGAAAACGGCUACAAGUUCAUCACCCACGACGACAUUUUCCUGUUGAUCUCCAAGAAAAUUAAUAAGCGUGAAUAA